AUGCUCUCUGCACGACAUCUAACUAAGAGAAUCUUCACAUCCCAGCUUCGGUGCCGUGGCUAUGCUACUGCUGCUUUUCCUUCAGCGAAGCUCAAUCUACCUAUUGAUUAUGCCAAAACCCCAAUUCUUCACCACUCCGCAUCAACCCUGCCUAAAGCUCUAGGGUUCCCUGUGAGUUCGUCAUGCAAGCGCAUGAAUCUUUUUCAAGCUGUCAAUGCUGCCUUGAGAGACGCGUUGUCCACGGAUGAGAAAGUGCUGCUCUUCGGCGAGGAUGUCGCUUUCGGAGGGGUAUUCCGCUGCUCUAUGGAUUUGGCAAAUGAGUUCGGGUCAGACAGGAUCUUCAAUACACCACUGUCAGAGCAGGGUAUUGUUGGAUUCGCCAUUGGAUGUGCAGCAGAAGGCAUGAAGCCGGUGGCUGAGAUUCAAUUUGCCGAUUAUGUCUUUCCUGCGUUCGAUCAGCUUGUCAACGAAGCCGCCAAAUUUCGAUACAGAGAAGGCUCUACAGGUGGUCAUGCGGGAGGUCUUGUGGUUAGGAUGCCGUGUGGUAGUAUUGGCCAUGGCGCUCUCUAUCAUUCGCAAAGUCCCGAAUCUCUAUUUGCACAUAUUCCUGGCUUGCGAGUCUUGAUGCCACGAUCACCGUCGCAAGCAAAGGGUCUUCUCACGGAAGCAAUUCUCCAUAAUAACGAUCCGGUAAUUUUCAUGGAACCUAAAGUGCUGUAUCGAGCUGCGGUGGAGUACGUGCCUUCAGAGACUUAUUCAAUUCCUUUGGGUAGGGCAGAUGUGAUCAAGCCAGGGAGCAGUUUAACGGUGAUCUCAUACGGUCAACCUCUAUACCUCUGCUCUGAGGCGAUAGCAGCUAUUGAAAGGGAGCUGAAGGGUGUCAAUAUUGAGCUGAUUGACCUCCGAAGCAUCUAUCCUUGGGAUAGGGAGACCGUGAUCGCGAGUGCUGAAAAGACUGGAAGAGUGGUGGUCGUCCAUGAGAGCAUGACGAACCUCGGUGUUGGAGCCGAAGUGGCCGCCACCAUCCAGGAAGAAGCUUUUCUACGGUUGGAGGCGCCCAUCGCUAGAGUGGCGGGGUGGGCAACGCAUUCAGGUCUCUCCUACGAUAAGUUCAACAUGCCAGACAUAGCGAGGAUAUACGACGCAAUCAAAAGGACGCUCAAUUAUUAA